GUCAGGGGAAGGAAGCGUUGUCGUCUUUCGUUGCUCUGAAAUUUUUCCUCCACACACUGGGGAAAGUGGUAGACUAUUAUUUGGGGAGGGCUCCUGGUCUCUGGGUGUUUACAGACAGACGUACUUACUCCCUUUUGGGAACAGGAGGGCGGCCCGGUCCUAGUUCCCGCUAGAUACCCCGGGCCAGAGCUCCGGGCUGUGGGGCGGUCAGAGGCUGAGGCCCAAACUAAGAACGACCUAGCUCCGCAAAGCAGCCCGCAGGGCGCUGAUGGACGGACGCUUCCUGGGAAAGGCUUUAGCAGCGGUGUCUCUCUCUCUUGCCUUGACCUCUGUGACUCUCAGGUCCUCAGGCUGCUGCAGCAUCCCUGCGUACAGAAACUCAUUUUCAUCUUGUUGGUUACAUCUCAAUUCCCACGUCAUGUCUGGUUCUAAUGGUGCCAAAGAGAAUUCCCACAACAAGGCUCGGACAUCUCCUUACCCAGGUUCCAAAGUUGAACGAAGCCAGGUUCCUAAUGAGAAAGUGGGCUGGCUUGUUGAGUGGCAAGAUUAUAACCCUGUGGAAUACACUGCAGUCUCUGUCUUGGCUGGACCCAGGUGGGCAGAUCCUCAGAUCAGUGAAAGUAACUUUUAUCCCAAGUUUAAUGAAAAGGAUGGGCAUGUUGAGAGAAAAAGCCAGAAUGGCCUGUACGAGAUUGAAAAUGGAAGACCAAGAAAUCCUGCCGGACGAACAGGACUGGUUGGUCGGGGGCUUUUGGGGCGAUGGGGCCCAAAUCAUGCUGCAGAUCCCAUCAUAACUAGGUGGAAAAGGGAUAGCAGUGGAAAUAAAAUCACCCACCCUGUUUCUGGGAAACAUAUCUUACAGUUUGUUGCAAUAAAAAGGAAAGAUUGUGGAGAAUGGGCAAUCCCAGGGGGGAUGGUGGAUGCAGGAGAGAAGAUUAGUGCCACACUGAAAAGAGAAUUUGGUGAGGAAGCUCUCAACUCCUUACAGAAAUCCAGUGCUGAAAAGAAAGAAAUAGAGGAACAGUUGCACAAACUCUUCAGCCAAGAACAUCUGGUGAUAUAUAAGGGAUAUGUUGAUGAUCCUCGAAACACUGAUAACGCAUGGAUGGAGACAGAAGCUGUGAACUACCAUGAUGAAACAGGUGAGAUAAUGGAUAAUCUUACUCUAGAAGCUGGAGAUGAUGCUGGAAAAGUGAAAUGGGUAGACAUCAGUGAAAAACUCAAGCUUUAUGCCAGUCACUCUCAAUUCAUCAAGCUUGUGGCAGAGAAACGAGAUGCACACUGGAGCGAGGACUCUGAAACUGACUGCCAUGGGUUAUAGCUUGUGGUCUCCACAUAAGCCAAAGGCCAAUAAAGGAGCAUGUGCUAAAAAGAAGGUGAUAUCACAGAACUCAUACUGUAAAUAGGGCAGAGUAGAUCACUUGGAAAUUAUUUUAUUCACUUUUCAAAACAUUUGCAUGUAGAAGUUUUUGCAUUGGAGUAAAAUGAGUAAGUACGAAAUGGAAGAUAGAAUUUUCAGCUUUCUGGUCAAA